AUGUUUUUUCCAAAGUUUAUUUUCUUCAAAUUUUUAAUUUUUGUUGGCAUAAUAAAUGUUAAUUGUCUUUAUGUCAAAUUUAAAUUUAAUUUGAAAUUUAAAUGUGGAGAUGAACUUGCCAAUGGACGUCUAAUGGUUAAUUACCGUAAAGCAAUGUAUAGCGGAUAUACAAAUGUAUUGGAUGUUGUGGUUAUUAAUGGAAUUUUUAAAAAGGAUGUUGUUGUACCUUUUCCUCGUAGUUCUAAAUAUUCUUUUGAUGUUUUAUUUAGAACAAACUGUUUCGAACAAGCUGUAUUGAAUGGAAACAAGAAAUGCUGCGCUCAGGACUUCAAAUUUCUUGGAUGUUCCCAUCCAUUUACUGGAAAUGACUUUAUUUGUGGUAAACUUAAAAAUGAGGGUUGCAAACAAAAAAACUCGUGGAUAAUAUCUAAUUACAACAAAAAUGAUUUAAAUCAGACUAAAUGUGAAUUUAAAUUUUUUAUGAAUAAUCCAAAAACAGGCCAAAAUUAUGUUGAUUUGAAAGACUUAUUGGUAAAUGCUUCAACUUAUCAAAGAUGGGCUCAAAUGGAUUCUUGUAAUAAAUAUAGUGCUUAUCAAGUAUCUCGUAGUUGUGUGGAAAACAAUUCAAAUAAAUUUUAUUCCAGCCGCGAGAAUAGUGAGAAAGACAUUUUGAAAGAAGGCUUUGAACAAAUGGAGGAAAUUUGUGAUUAUCCAAAAUAUGGACUGGUACAAGCUUCAUUCGAAAGAGACGAAGAAUGGCAGAGAAUAGAUGUUACCCAUCCAAAUAAUAAUUGUGAUGUAGAUAAUAAUUGGGUUAAGAAUUGGUUCAAGCAAAAACGUAAAGAAAUCUUAAAAAAGCUAGAAGAAAAGCUUAAAGAAAUCUUUUCAUGA